AUGAUAGUGCUUCCAAAUACUCCACCACUACCUACAGCAUUCAAAACAGCUUCUAAGCUCAAUCCUUCUUUACUAGCUACAAGAUCUGCUUUAGCCGUUCCAACUUUGGCAAGUUACCACGAUUCCAUUCGUUUUGCCGACAAUUUGGAUCGCUAUCUCGAGGAAAUCUUCAGUUACAUACUGAACGAGAGUGGUCGUUCUGAAUUGGACCACAUAGUAAGUUAUGCGUCUAAAACAAUGGUUGUAAAUACCUCGGAAAUUCCCUGGUCGAAUUCUGACAUCUCCCACAACAACGAAAAACUCAAACUCAAUAAACUCAACAAAGUCUUCAAAGCAAUACCAUCUACUGAAAAGGUAACCACCACUAACGGGCAAUGGACUCUCGAAAACGAAAUACAACUUGUAUUGGUAGCUAUUGCCUUUGUUUACAUCAAGAUAGGAUCUGAGUUGACAAAUGAGCUCAUAGACGAUGAGUCUGGCAAUAGUUCAAGUCCAGAAAUAAAUGAAAAGUGGAAGCAGGUAGUCAAUUUCUACAAGAAAGCUAUUUCGUACACUUUAUUUGGUAUUCAGGUGAACAGUAUAGCUCGUACACGCUUUAAUGGAGCCAUCUUUACUUUCAUUCACAAGAUCAGUGAGAUCAACUUCCAGUUGUCCAUUCUUUGUAAAUCGUCAUGGGUCAACCGCAAUUCCUUCAGAGAAUCUGGCUCAUUUGCCAUGACUAACAAUGGUACUUUAUCAAGAGUAGCGAUAUUCGUUCUAAAUGAAAUCAAGAAUCUGAAGAGUCUUUUGGUAGAACUAGAAUCAUUCCCGGAUAUCGGCUUAAACUAUAAGAAUUGGCAGGACUAUUUAGAUCUUAUGGAAAAGUACGCUAGUGCUUAUGCUGGUUUAUUUCUAGCUGUAGAAAAUUACCAAAAGGACAAAUUAGGUAACGCCAUUGGCUUAGUACAUUUCAGUUUACUCAACUUGCAAAGCAAGAAUAUCGAUACAAACAGCAAGAAGCUUGCCGACAAGCUCAAGUCUAAGAUAGCGACCAAGAAGAAUGAGCAUUUAUUGAACAAGCUCGAUUCAGUCUCGACCUUGAAUAUCAAUAAGUCGCUUUUUAACGACAAAUCAGGAGUGGUUCUCAAUGACAUUUCAUAUCUAUUUGAUCAGUUAAUACAUUUGAACUUGAAGCUUGAGAAAGAGAACAACACCCUCAAAUUUGACACCAUAGUCAACUGGCAAGACAUCAGUAAGGAUUCUAAAUGGCCCUUGGGUAACAAGAUCCCUGUAUCAGACAUCAAGCCAUACCAGCCACUGGUGUUCAAUGACGUAAUCCAGGAAAAGCCUAAAGACUACUAUGGUCGUGGGGCAUACUACUAG